AUGAGUGCGCUGUUGACUGCUGCCACUUCAAUAGAGUAAGUAGUGGAUGACAUGAGGUUUUCAAUGAUCGUCUCAGUAACAUCAGCUCCAUUAACAGUCGACAGUCUGUGUGCUGCCCACUCCCCAUCACUCCAUACUGGACUGAGUAGCCUGUGAUGGCUCCAUUCUGAUCGACACAUGGUACACUCUCCCCACUGGACAGUGAUGGAGAGGAGAUUCAC